AAAUGGAAGAAUGCCUAAUUCCCAUGGAUCCUUUGAUACAUCUGGGCUUUGGCCUUUCUUUUAUGAGGCUGUCUUCCAUAUUCUUGUUUUCACAAAUGUUUAGAGAGUGAAUGUGAGUGAUCUCCCUUUGAGAUUGGCCAACAGGAGUGAGCACAUGCAGAUAGGUAUGGAAAAAGACUGAAGUGGUAUAUUCUUGUUCCCAUUUGCUGUCAUGUAGAGUAUGUCUCCUUGGUUACAGAAAUGUCAAGAGCUGGUGAAGAGAAUCCUUGUGUUGCUUGUUACAAUAAGAUGCUUUCUCCUUGGAUUUGUCCCCUUGAGCACAAGGAUCAGGACCAUUAAGGACAUUUGCAAAGUACAGAAUCUGUUACAGCAUCAUCUUCUUGCUACUUAGGGCACUGCUGGCAUUUGGGUCCUGGUGGCUUUGCUGGAGUGAGAAAAGCUGUGUACUAUGGCAGGAUUUUGUUCUCAGAUUCCUACAAGUUGCCUUCAGGUCUGUUAUAUUGCAGUGAGGUUGAACUGCUCUGAAGAGACUGGAAGCAGGUAAAAGGAGGAUUUACUGAGGACUGGAGUGAAAUUGCUGGGAGCUGCAGGCAUAACUAUCCAUGGACUUGUUGGUGAUGGGAUGCCAGAUUGGUCAUGUGUAAACUGUGCUAGCAUAGUGUGAAACAGAUUGCCCAGCUUUCUGUACAAACUCUUCUGGAUUUCCAAAAUCAAUAACCCAUUUAGAAAAGACUAAGUGAGCCCUGAAUCAACUGUCAACAGAGAUGACAAGGAGAAUGAAUGACUACAGUGUAGCACCACAGGAAAUGCUCAGCAACAGACACAGAGAAAAAUGGGCCAUCAUUCUGGUGCACUGGCUGCUCACAGUGUGGGGAUGCAUGAACCACAUGUUUCCAGCCUCCUAUGCCUGGGGAAAUUUCAGUGUCCUUGCAGUGGGGAUCUGGGCCAUUGUACAGCGAGAUUCCCUUGAUGCCAUCAUGAUGUUCCUGACUGGCCUGCUGCUCACAGUCCUCACAGACAUCAUUCACGUCUCUGUCUUCUACCCUCCAAACAACUAUCUCACUGAUGUGAAGCGAUUCAGUAUAGGCAUGGCCAUCUUCAGCCUCCUCCUCAAACCUCUGUCCUGCUACCUGGUGUAUCGAAUGUAUCGGGAGCGUGGAGGAGAGUACACCUUUAACUUAGGUGCCACCUGUGCAGGCCAGGAUCGCAGCACCUAUGAGCCAAUUGAUCAGCAGGAUGCCCCUCCACAGUGGCCUGACUCAAGCAAGACAGCCCAUCAUCUGUACUGAGCCCUGCUCCGCAGCAGAGAACAGAUGCUUCCCUCACCCAGCCUAGCCUUCUGCUCUUCCCAUGUUUGUUCUGAAGGAGCAAGACCUGCUACUGAGCAAACAGCAGAGGAUCUGAUUUUUCGUUUCUUUUACCUCCCUGAAGGUUAGGCAGAUGAGUUCCUGCAGUAAGUCCAGAAGAUCUCAGAGGUGUCAUGUUAAACACUGUGACUCUUUGUAAUCCCACUACUCUCUUUUCCUCCCUUCCCCUAAAUCUCUCCUCUGUAUGUAUGAGUGGAUGCACCUUCUGCAGCCUUCCAAGUCUUGUAUUGUGCAUCCUCUCUAUUGUAAGUAAUGGAACCACCCAAAAUAUUCUUGGACAAGCUAUCCCUAAAAGGCUUAUAUCUUUAAAAGCCUUUAAACAAUACAGUUUAGCUUGCUUUUAUGCAGAUAGUUCCUAGGAAACAUCUGGAAGUUCCUGAGGGCUGUUUUUGAUGGCGUUAUUUAAGAUUUAUGACUGUAACUCCCUAUGCUAGCUAUGGUGGUUUGUACAAAGCUGGGGUUGGUACAAAAUGCUCUUACUGGGCCAGGGAGCUGCUUGUGCUCCCAGCAUCUAAUCUUUGGUUUUAUUCACUGAUGCUUUUAUGCAAGUUGAAUGUUCUUCAGGAUACUUAAAAUGGCUGUUGAAUGUAGGUUAUAGAUACUCUGUGCCUUGAAAUGUCCUUUCGCCUUCAGCUGCCUAUCUUAACAGAACUUGAAAUGUUACAUUUUUCUAAGAAAACUAUAAAAUGGACACAGUUUUUGUGUGUUACAAAAAA